AAUCCCCAAACCCCUUUUUAAAAAUAAAUAAAUAAAUAAAUAAAGACAAAAAAAAAAAAAAUUAUAAACUUUUAGAAGCCGACAAAGGGGGAAAAACGAUUAGGGUUCCGAUAUGGCUUGCUGUGAAUCCGGCGACGGCAUCAAAGUUUCGAAACCGCAAGACAAUCAGGAGAAUUUGGAAACGGUGAAAAAAUUUGCAGAGGUAGAUGUGGGCUGUGUCUGGUACGACGGAGAUCCGACCCGCUGUGAUGGUAAAACAAUGGAUCUUCUCAAGGAAUGUGUCGAUUUAGCUAUUUAUGUCUACAACAAUACACAUUACGUGAAAUACGAUUUUUUGAAGCUGGUGCACGCAACCGGGCAUCUAUCCGGCGGUUUUGCGGUGACUAUAAGGUUUACCGCCGUCGCUAGGCCUGUGUAUGACGAGGACGAUACUCUCAAAACUUUUCGAGCUCGUGUUUCCAUCACACAUAACUAUGUCGAGUUUGUUGAUUUUGUUGACGAGCCUACUGCUAUAGGUGAUCCAUGUUCACAGUAGCUAUACAUAUUUAUUAUAUAGUAUUCUUAUGAAAUAUUAAGUUGUGUUGACUUUAAUCUAAUCGGAAAAACUAUGGUGUGUGGAUGUCAAUGCCACGUGGAUGGCUGGAACAAUGUUUAGCUUUUGUAUUUUCGCAAUUUGCUUGCUAAUGCUGGAUUCUGUGGUUGUCCAAUUUAUGUUUAAUUUCCUCUCUUUGGGAUUCUUCUUUUUUUGUUUAUUUCUGCGGAAUUUGUAAAUUACGAUUUUUCGGCCCAUAUAUAUAUUUAGGGCUGGCGAUCAAACAAAUCUUGAUUUGAGAUCGUU